AGGGCGCGCGCCGGGCGGUGCAGCUCCUAGGAGUCCGAAGGCAGCACCGCAGUGGCAGCGGCCGCCGAGGGAGGGGCCCGGAGCCCCGCCCCCGGGGAGGGGCCGUCUGCAGGUCUCCCAUCUACCUUCCACGGCUCCAACUCCAUGCCGGGAUUGAAAUUUAGUGACAAGAAAGGGACAGUUCACCCGGCGUCGGUGAACUGAGACUAAGCCUAGAGCUGGGUAAAGCUACCUGUUCGUUGUGAAAUCUCGCCUACUGAGCUUGUAGGCCCCUCCCCUAGCAGAGUUGCUGAGCAACCGACUUUGGGUCCUGUUUGUAUAGCUCCAGCCAGCCGCAUCUGAGGUUCCGUGGUCGGUUCCGCCCACUAGGAAGGCCCCGCCGGCUCCGCGCAGGGGGCCGCCAGGACUCGAAGUUGUAGAGACCCCGCCCACUCCGCUCGAAAGCUCAAACUCUGGGACUAAGUUCCAAACGGACUGCUUCUGGGUCGGACUUGCAUAACCCCGCCUUACGGCAACCGCUACCCUCUCGUAAUAGGAUCUCAGACUUAAAUAGACUCUGCUCCUAAGCAAACCGACCCUUGAUAAUAACCUCUCCAGUCCCAUUCCCAACAGCCCGAUAACCACCUGCGUCGCCCCCUCUCCCUCCCUAGGCCCUCCGUCUAGGUUCUUGGGCCGGCAAGAUGCUGGAGCGAGAUGUGGAGUCGGAGGCCGGGGGCACCGAUCCUAGUCCCACUGGCAAGGAACCCGUGACCAAGGGAGAAGCUCCCAACCAGGGUCCGCCGCAGAAGCCUAGCCAGUCGGUUCCAGGGCCCGCCACGUCCACGGGGGCACCUUCCAGACCCCGCCGGCGGCCCCCGCCCCAGCGCCCGCACCGCUGCCCUGACUGUGACAAGGCCUUCUCAUACCCAUCCAAGCUGGCCACGCACCGGCUGGCGCACGGAGGCGCCCGCCCGCACCCGUGCCCCGACUGUCCCAAGGCCUUCUCCUACCCCUCGAAGCUGGCGGCCCACCGCCUCACGCACAGCGGCGCCCGCCCGCACCCGUGCCCACACUGCCCAAAGGCCUUCGGCCACCGCUCCAAGCUGGCAGCCCACCUUUGGACCCACGCUCCUGCCCGCCCCUACCCAUGCCCCGACUGUCCCAAGUCCUUCUGCUAUCCCUCCAAGCUGGCGGCCCACCGCCACACGCACCAUGCCACCGACGCCCGCCCCUAUCCUUGCCCCCACUGCCCUAAGGCUUUUUCAUUCCCCUCCAAACUGGCCGCCCAUCGCCUAUGUCACGACCCCCCCACCGCUCCAGGCAACCAGGCCACCAGCCGGCAUCGCUGCUCCAACUGCGGCCAGGCAUUUGGCCAGAGACGCCUCCUGCUCAUUCACCAACGAAGCCACCACCAGGCUGAGAGCCCUGGGGAGCGGGAGUGAGCCCUCCUCUUUGCUCACUGGCUUCCUCUGCUGGCAACCCCUGUCAAUAAAGAGGUGGCAUCUGA